CUGAUUGGCUGACAUCUAACGGUUGGACAGGUUUUGACGUCACUCUGAUGUUGUGUUAGACUUGGACUGAAGUUGUGCCGGUGUCCUCGGAUCAGAUGCACACAGACACCAGGACAAACACGGAAGAAAAGAGCAGCUUCGUGUUUCCUCGAUGCAUGAAGGUCGAAAGAGUCUGUUCGUCGACCUGAAGUGAGUUCAACAGUAAAUUAUGGCUCAGUUUAUUGAAAACUCCAGCCUUGAGGGCUGGAAGGUGAUUGGCUCCGGAGGUUGCGGACAAAUCUACAAAGCCAGGCAUCGUCAGUGGGCGUGUGACGUGGCCAUUAAACUGCUUCGUCAUGAUGAUGGGACCAAUGAACCUUUGCUGCGUGAGAUCAAGAUGAUGCAAGAAGCUAGCAGCCGGCAUGUUAUUCGUGUCCUAGGGGCCUUCAAAGGUCAACCGCCCAACUCUGGUUGGGCAACACAGCUUGGUGUGGUCAUGGAGCUCAUGGAGAGAGGAUCGCUGGCCUCCCUACAGGAAGCCUUGGAUGGACCUCCACCCUGGCCGCUGGUCUUCAGACUGGUUCACCAAGUGGCUCUGGGUAUUAACUACCUCCACAGUCUGACCCGUCCCGUUCUCCACCUGGACCUGAAGCCCCAAAACGUGCUGCUGGAUGACGCUCUCAAUGCCAAGCUUACAGAUUUCGGCCUUUCCCGGAUUUCGUACAGUGUCUCACAGGUUUCCCAGAAGGACAAUAAAGAGGGAGGAGGGACAGUCAACUACAUGCCCCCGGAGGUGUUUGGCUUAACAUACAAACCUAAACGAGCCUCUGAUAUCUACAGUUAUGGGAUACUCCUUUGGUCCAUUGUCACAGGGAAACAACCCUAUGGAAAUAAAAAUGCUGACUUAGUGAUGCUUCGCAUCCCGGAAGGAGACCGUCCACUGCUGGAUGAUAUCAAGGGCCAUGCUCUGGGGUUGACAGAGCUGACAAGACUGAUGCAGAGAUGCUGGGACAAUGAACCCGAACGAAGGCCUCAAGCCCUUGAGUGUACAACUGAGACAGAACAACUAUAUAAGAUGCACAAAGAUGCCAUUUUUGACGCUGUCCAUGAAGUGCAGAAGAAACUGGACCAAAAGGCAAAAGAAAAAGUCAUGACAGAGCAGGUUCAGAGGGAUCAAAUCGCUGAGGCUUCAGCGGAGGAGAUCCAAAAGUCUCUGAGUGGAGUGAAGCUGUCUACUGAUCCACCCAAGAGUGAACUGGACACUCUCAGGGUGGACGAGGAUGGAGAGCAGGGGUUAAGACUUCGUCUGAUGAAGUGUGUAGACUCCACUAUGAGUCAGUGUGAGGGCAGAGAGGAGGGAGUCCCAAUACCCUGCUAUAAGUUCAUUAAAGAUCUCCGGCGGUUGUUAGAACUUCCUGACGUCAAAGAUGGACAGCAGCCUACAGUUCAAAGCCCAGAGCAGCAGCAGCAGCACACACCUGACUCUCCUGGACCUGGACCCAGCUGUGUGUCCUCCAAAGGAUCCAACAUGAGAGACCAGUUUCUCCUGCACCUGAAGCUGGACCUGAACCCAGCUGUGUGUCCCUUAAGAGUGACUGGUCUAUGGAUCGACCUAUUGACUUCAAAGAUGGAAAGCAUUCUGAUCACCAAAGGAUCCAACAUGAGGGACCAGUCUCUCCUGGACCUGAACCCACCUGUGUGUCCCUUAAGAGUGACUGGUCUAUGGAUCGACCUAUUGACUUCAAAGAAGGAAAGCAUCCUGAUCACCAAAGGAUCCAACAUGAACCUGGACCUGAAGCUGGACCUGAACCCAGCUGUGUGUCCCUUAAGAGUGACUGGUCUAUAG